AAACUUGCAGGUCGCGGGAAAUACGUGGUUCGCGUAAUUCACCGUGUGUUUGGGCCGGCCGCAGUUGUUUUGUUCGGGAAAAUCAGCAUUUGGGGAGUUUGUGUGCAAAUUCAAGUGAAGAGGAAGCAGUGAUGAGCUCUGAGACGAAUACUGCGGCGAUACCCGCGGCUCCUGAAGAUGUGCAAGGUGAUAAACGAUGGAUAAAUAUGCAUGAGCGUUAUGUUAACGAGGCCAAGGAAAAGGAACCAGAAGUCCUUUUUGUGGGUGACUCCUUGAUCCAGCUCAUGACCCAGAAUCAGGUUUGGACGGAUCUUUUUGAACCUCUUCACUCCCUCAACUUUGGCAUCGGUGGAGACCAAACACAGCAUGUUCUAUGGCGCUUGCAGAACGGAGCACUGGAUAACAUUAAGCCAAAGGUGAUCGUUUUGCUAGUAGGCACCAACAAUCACGACCACACGGCAGAUCAGACAUUUGAAGGCAUUGAAACCAUCAUCAAGUACAUUACGACAAAGAUACCGGCGGCGCAACUAAUUGUCAUGGCCAUUCCGCCCAGGGGGCAGCACCCAAACAAACUACGCAACAAAAUCAAAUCCAUCAACAGCUCCCUGGCAGAGCUGCUCGGCACCCAUCCGUCAAAGUACCCCAAGGCCGAGUAUUUCGACGCCAACAGUGACUUUGUGAUCGACGACGGCACGAUAUGUCACAGCGACAUGUACGACUAUCUACAUUUGACCAAUCAGGGUUACCAGAAAAUUUGUGAGCCUCUCAGGGAAAGGAUAGACGAAGUGCUACAAGGAAAGUAGGUAUGUAUGUGUAGACCUCAAUACUAACUGGCCAGUGCACCCUGAAGCCACUGAUCCGCCAUCUUGGAUCCCCAAAAUAUCAUGCUGAGACCACAGACAUCUUAAAAUCUGGACACAGAUUCACAAAUAAUAAUGCUAUGUUACGCGAGGUGCAAACAUGCAUCUAAACCUUCUUAUUGUUAUGUUAAAUAACUGGCGUAAUGUAGACGCCCUCUUGCACAUUCAAGUCACGCCCAUGAUGAGCGAGCGUUCGCGUAAUUGACAUAUGCUAUAUAUGCGCAGCAUUUUGGUAUCUGUUUUGAAAGCGAAUGUUGUGUCUAGGUUUUUUAAGAUUUCUUUAGCCGGGACGUGCAUGUACAUCGUUCUGCAGUUAAGGGUUUUUAGUUUUCGCUUAAAACAACCAAUUCCUAAUCCCCAUCCUGUUAAACUCCAACACCAGGGUUUGUUGGAAUCUGUUGGAAUGAGUACUGCACUAGUAAACUGAUUAUGCUUUACACGGGGUUAAGCAUACCACCAAUAAUCAGAGUCCAACAGUUUUUGUGUACAGUUUAUUAUAUGGUGUUGGAAUUUGCAGGAGUGAGGAAGAUCCCUAGUAAAUCACUCAAGGGGUUGGGGUUAAGAAUCAAGUUUUCUUUGGAUGUUGGCUCGGCCUUGGAAUAGGAAUGUUUCAGUCUCAAAAGCCGGUCAGAAUGUACCAUUCUUAGGGCAUGUAGGAAUCUCUUGCCUUGAGCUAUUGUUUGAGGUCUUCACACCCAUUAUAACUAUUUGGGAUGAUGCUGACAAUAUAGCGGCCGGUGGCUCUGGAAGCCUGUUUUGUACACGGCCUUAUUUUCCCCGCCUUAACCCUGAAAAAGAAAUCCAAUAACAAGUACUGUACCCCAAAAAACCUCGCUUUUUCAUGGGUGACCCAAUAUGGCGGACGGCGGCUUCAUUUAGUGGGCAUUGUCAGCCAGUCCAAAUAGAAUAGAUGUUAGUGGUGCAGACCAAAUACAUAAAUGGCCAUCUUGGUCUUGCACCCUGGAAACUGCAGUGUAUUACAAAUGUAUUUUGCCAUAGUGCCAUCGGCACCAGUCUAUUACUGUCCAAUUGACUUGUACAAAUAAAAAUGCUUGGGGAAUGUACACGAAAAGUAACCGUUCCCAAAUGUCCUAGCGGUAUGUGAAUAAUGUCCAUUCUUAUUGUAUCAAAGUGCUAUGAUGUUUGUGCGAAAACAGUUGUGCGUGUUGGUCAAAUAAUAAGUGAGCUGAGGGGUCAAUUGUGCAUAUUAUCCAAUCAUGUCUCGUGAUGGCUAAUACGCUAAUUAUUGAACAGUGUAGCUGUGAGAAAAAUAUUUGCGCCAUGUGAUGUUGGAAAGUACUGUCUAUGUCUCCUUCAACUUUUCUUUGUUGUAUUUUUGGAUUCUUUUUUUAAUUUAUGUAUACCUUUUUUAUCAGCGGUUAUCUUUUCUAAAUAUUCAAGGCUUGUAAGAAAAAGAAAGAGCAAAACUUAGAAAUGUCUGCGCUUUUUUUUCUCUCCAAGAAUACAGAAUUACUGUAUCUUGUGUAUAUAAUUAUAUUGUAAAAAGCGCUUUAUGAUUGGCUGCUGGUUGUGUUUUCAGCCAGAUUAGGCCAAUCAACAAACCCGAUGAAUAGAACUAUUGGAAGGGGCCUUACAGUGUAUUACAUGUAAAAGGGUAAGGGAACCAUACCAGUCAGACUCAGUGUGACAAAGACCAAGUUCUUUGUUUAGACAAAUUUUGCCUUUCAUUUAACAAUAACAAUAAAAUAUAUUAACAUUUCACUUGUGUACAGUUCUUGGUAUAUUCUGUUAACAUGGUUAAGGCCAAGGAAAAAAACCCUGCAUUUCUGGUUUAUACCCCAAACAUUGACCAACAUGGAUCUAUAUCAUGCAGAACCUACAUCUUUUUAUUUGAAAAUGAAGAAAAGAAUAUAAUAAAAUGGUGCCGUCCCAUUUUUAUUAUAUUUUCUGUAGGUUGGUCGGCUCAACAAAGCCAAUUAAAAGUGCAGCAAGCGCAGAAUGCACAGUUGAUUCACGUAUUAACUGUUACAAAUGCAUGCAAAAAUCCCCCCCAAAAAUUUAAAAUCAUCCAACACUACUUUGUUUCUGGUUA